UCUGCAAGUAUAAGUGUAUUAUUACACUUUUCAUCUUCUAAUUCUAGAAACACAUAUCUUGCUCUCUAUCUCUGUAUUUUUUUAAUGUCUUUAUUGUAGUUUAAUAGCUAAUUUUUUUUUCUUCAAUGCUUUUUUUUUUUGCAUGUAAAUAAUAAUCUGCACACAGUAUUUGCUCUUGAACAUGCUUUGCUAAGUAACAUGUGCGUGUGUAUGUAUGCGUCUUUGUAUGGAGCACAACAGCCAUUGACUUUUUUCAACUGCUUCAACAUUCUUGUUUCUUCUCUUGCUAGCUCCAUGCUUUUAUGCAACAACAGCAACAACAACAACAACAACAACAGAACCAACAAAUGCACCUACAACAGCAGAAUCAACAAAUCCAACAACAACAGGUAACUUUUUAUUUCAUUUAAUUAGUGAAAAAUUUUCGAAUAGUUUUUCCUAUAUAAUCCACAAUAAUCUAAAAUUUCCUUGUUGUUCAUUGCGAUAGAUGGUUAUUUAUCUGAUUUGUAACUCGAGACUAACAUAUACAAAUGAUUUACUACCAUUUAGACACCUUUUUUUGUAUUCCUAUUCUUAUUUUAGGCAUAUAUCAAUUCAAAUCAAAACAACAAUCAAAAUAAUUCGUCAGUCAGCAGAAAUGAGGAUGAAGAUAAGGAUGAUAAUGAUGAUGAUGAUUUAGAUAGUGAUGAAGAGGAUUAA